AUGGCUAGCCUUCCUACGACCUUUGACAAGCCCGUCCACAUUGCCGUCAUUGGCGGCACUGGCCUGGGCCAACUCGAAGGCUACACUCCAAUCGCCGCCCUCAAUCCCGAUACGCCGUGGGGCAAGCCCGCCUCGCCCAUUCACAUCCUCUCCCACGGCGACAUCAACAUCGCCUUCCUCGCUCGUCAUGGCCUCCACCAUCAGUUUGCGCCGCAUGAGGUGCCUAACCGUGCUAAUAUUGCUGCCCUCCGCAGCAUUGGCGUACGCAGCGUCGUCGCCUUCUCCGCUGUCGGCUCCCUGCAGGAGGAUAUCAAGCCGAUGGACUUUGUCCUCCCCGACCAGGUCAUCGACCGUACCAAGGGCAUCCGACCCUUUACAUUUUACGAGGGUGGCGUUGUUGGACACGUCGGGUUUGCUGAUCCUUUUGACAAGAAGCUGGCUGAUCUCGUCAAAACUUGUGCUGCUUCCAUGGAGGGUGACGGUGUUGUCCUGCACGACAAAGGCACUCUGAUCUGCAUGGAGGGCCCUCAAUUCUCUACCCGCGCAGAAUCGCACAUGUACCGCUCCUGGGGCGGCUCUGUCAUCAACAUGUCGACCCUGCCCGAAGCUAAGCUUGCCCGCGAGGCUGAGCUCUCUUACCAGGUUAUCUGCAUGGCCACCGACUACGACUGCUGGCGCUCGAUGGAGGAUGUCAACGUCGAAAUGGUUAUCAAGUACAUGCAAGCGAACAGUAAGAACGCCAAGCGAUUGGUCGGUGCCGUCUUGGAUCAGCUGUCAAAGCCCGAGCACAAGAGUCUCGCCACCGCCGCUCACUGGGUUGGAUCUGUAGAAGGCGCCAUCAAGUUCAUGACCAAGCCUGAGGGUCGGAGCGAGCAGGGCAAGAAGAACGUCGAGUACUUGUUCCCUACAUUCUGGGCAUAG